AUGGCUCCCUCUGUCGAUAGUGCCACCACCAUUCCGGUUAUGAGUGUGGAUGGAAAUGGGGACCCAGAGAAAGGACUCGGAUCAUCGGGAAAAGAUGAACCACUUUCUGAGAAGGCAAGUGCUGCUGGGCCAGCACCAGCAACACCGGCGAUCGAUCCACCACCUGAUGGAGGUGCGCAGGCAUGGCGAGUCGUACUAGGAGCUUUCUGUGGUCUAUUCGUCAGCUUUGGCUGGAUCAACUGCAUCGGAGUCUUCCAAGAUUACUACCAAACUCACCAACUGAGCGAGUUCUCCACUAGCACAGUAACAUGGAUCACAUCGUUAGAGACCUUCAUGAUGUUCUUCUGCGGUCCAAUAUUCGGAACCAUCUUCGACAGCUACGGUCCGCGCUGGAUCCUGCUCACUGGCACAUUCCUCCACGUCUUCGGUCUAAUGAUGGCUUCCCUUUCAACAAAGUACUACCAAUUCAUCCUCGCGCAAGGAAUCUGCAGCCCGAUCGGCGCAAGCGCCAUCUUCAAUGCCUCCGUCAAUUCCGUCAGCACUUGGUUCGCUAAGCGUCGGGGUUUCGCCCUCGGCGUAACAGCCGCUGGAUCCAGUCUGGGUGGAGUCAUCUUCCCGAUCAUGGUCACCCAACUGAUUCCCAAAGUCGGGUUCCCCUGGGCGAUGAGAAUCUGCGCAUUCCUCAUCUUGUUCAUGUUGAGUCUCGCCAAUCUCACGCUGAAAUCAAGAUUACCGCAUCGCCCGAAGCCGUUUGAUAUCCUGAAUUUCCUAAGGCCGUUGGCCGAGUGUGAGUUCGCGCUUACGCUUGCUGGUGCCUUUUGCUUCUUCUGGGGUAUGUUUUUGCCGUUCACUUUUGUUAUUACCCAGGCGGAAAGAUAUGGCAUGUCUACCCAUCUUGCUGGGUAUCUGAUUCCAAUUUUGAACGCGUCUAGCAUCUUCGGACGCACCCUUCCAGGUUAUCUCGCCGACAAAGUUGGCCGCUACAACAUGAUGGUUGCAACAACGUUCUUCUCGUCUCUUCUCGUCCUCGCCCUCUGGCUACCGUCGAGAGGCAACAUCCCAGUAAUUGUGUUCAGCGCCCUCUAUGGCUUCGGCUCCGGUGCGUUUGUCUCACUUGCACCGGCCCUUGUAGCGCAGAUCUCCGAUCUUCGUCAGGUGGGCGUGCGUAACGGCACUUUCUUCGCUGUCAUCUCGUUUGCAGCCUUGACUGGUACGCCUAUUGGCGGUGCUCUGGUGCCAGAUAUUCUCCAUGAUGGUUAUACUCGACAGCAGAUAUUCUGUGGUGUUGUUAUGAUUGUUGGGUCGACUUUGUUUGUUUUUGCCAGGGGGGCUGUUGGGGGAUUUAAAUUCACCAAGGUGUAG